CGAAGCCGCCCCCAUUUCACUGGACGGCAAUGUUUACUAUGCGUUGAAACACGUCAAAGGGAACGAGACGGAUCAAAACAGAGGAGAAGGUGGAAAAGGAAUUAAAAACAAUGAAAAGCAGUGUUUGUUAUACGGAGAGUGCUUGAAAUAUUCGCCUGAGACGGACAUCCCGCGGCUUGCGGUGGCUGGAUUCCAAUGAAGCUUGAGGGCACCGCCGGCCGAGGCUGCAGCCGCUGCGGUGGCCAAAGUGUCCUGCAAACCACUCGGAGGAGCUCGCACUCCUAGCUGAAGGCACAGGUUGGAUCAGCGGCGCUUUCACCCCUCCCCACCCCUCCUCCUGGUCAAGAUGGUAGCUUGGAGUGGAGGCGCCUUGUGGCCGGGGCCUGCAACGAAAGGCCGACGGGGGAUGAGUGAGUGAGAGAGAGGGAGAAGCAGCAGCCCCACUCCUGGAAAGGCUUCGGAGACUCCCGUGGCUGCUGGAGGAUUCGUGAACGUUUUGCACGCUUGCACCUCUCCGACAGAGCUUGUUUCGCGACGAAGGAAUUUAUGCAGAUCGUUCCCCCCCCACCCCCCGCUCCUGUCCUUUUCGUUUGUUUAAAAACAAAGUUUUAAUCGUGGACACUUAUAGAACAGUGAAGGUGAAAUAUCUGUCAUGAGUGUUCGUGAUCAUGUAGCAUCUGACAUUGGUUUUCACAGUCGUUCUUUUACACUGCCUUUUAACGUCAGCUGAAAGAGAUUCUUGUUUGCCACACGCUCUCUUAAACUGUAUGCAACGCAUCGUUUUGGAUUUACUUAGAGAAGAAGAAAACAAAGCUGCUCAGAAUCGCAAUGGUUUUGUGAAUUCUGAGCAUUUUAAAAGGAAGUUGUUAACCGGAAUGCUACUUGUCUUUUUCUAUUACCUUGUUAUCGAAAGUCACUGAGAUUGACUGAGAUAGGAAAAUAAUUUUUGUGGACGUUGUUUUUUUUAAAAAAAAUCUAAAUGAUCAAAAUCUGGGUCAACAUGUAUGUUUAAACCUCUUCAGUAUUAUAUGGUUUCAUAUAAUAAAGUCAGAUUCUGAAUUCCGGGAAAGAUGCAAAGUGUUUAUUUGUAAUUGGAAAGGACGUAUUAGAACAUAUUGCAGUGGGUGCCAGUCCUAUUCCCCUCAAUGGAAAUUGCGUUGUGUUAAUUCUAUGGGACUAAUCUCAGUUUGAAAUCAAAGUAAUAUUUGCAGAAAAGAAGUAUCAGUAUAUUUGGAUAGGUGGUGGUGGUUGUAACUUCCUAAAUUUUGCAAAUAAUCGGGAACAGCAUCCGAAUUUGUUUCCCUUUUCAAUAGGAUGCAAGUUAUUUUAUUGAAGAUAUAGAGAGGUUUGUAAGAAAAUCAAUUAUAUGUAUUUUGUAAGACAGAAGUCACGAACUUUAAUUUGUGGAGAGAAAGAAACCAUUCUUGUUUGGAUUUUAAUUGACAGAAGAUUUUACAAAUGAUGGCUGAAGAAUCGGGUCGGGCUGAGAUUGACCCUGACUUCAAACCACAGGUUCGUCCGAGAUCCUGCACUUGGCCUUUGCCAAGACCAGAACUGACAACUGUGAAGCAGGAGGAUUCUGCCACAGGAACUCCCACUGAAGAAGAAAAGCAGGAUGUUGUUGAUUCAAGUGCUAUAAAACUAGAGAGUGAAGUUAACCUGAAUGCAGAGGUCUCUUCCCAAAGUGCUGCAGCAAGUACACAGCGUAAGAGUUCUUCUCGAAGAAAUGCAUGGGGCCAUCAAUCUUAUGCAGACCUUAUCACCAAAGCUAUUGAGAGCUCACCAGAGAAGAGGCUGACACUCUCUCAGAUCUAUGAUUGGAUGGUCAAAUCUGUGCCUUACUUCAAGGACAAAGGAGAUAGCAACAGUUCAGCUGGGUGGAAGAAUUCCAUUCGACACAACCUUUCUCUGCACAGCAAAUUCAUCCGAGUCCACAAUGAAGCAACAGGAAAGAGCUCUUGGUGGAUACUUAAUCCUGAAGGUGGCAAAAGUGGGAAGUCGCCCAGGAGAAGAGCAGCAUCAAUGGACAAUAAUAGCAAGCUUGUUAAGAGCAAAGGAAGGGCUGCUCGGAAAAAGGCUGCCCUUCAGGCUGCUCAGGAAGGAAGCGCUGAGAGCCCUAGUUCACAAAUUUCCAAAUGGCCUGGAAGUCCUUCCUCUCGUACCAAUGAGGAUUCUGAGACCUGGACCAGUUUUAGGCCAAGAACGAGCUCUAAUGCUAGCACAUUAAGUACUGGACACCUGUCCCCUAUAGUGCCAGAACAGGAUGAUCUGGAAGAUGAGCUCCAUGCUACACUAGCCUACCCCAGCUCUUCGAGCAAAUUACCAUCAACACUCACUGAAAACAUAAUUGAAGAACUUGAACUCAUUGACAGUUUAAACCUCAUGUCACCAUCAUCUGCAUUGUUGCCAACCCAGCAAUCAUUAUCUGCUGGCUUGAUACAACAAAGCUCAAACUAUACAUUUAGGUCACAGAGCUCUGACUCUGGGUCAAAGGCCUCUGCCUAUGGGAACUCCUUCUAUGAUUCUUCUGAUCUGACGUCUGUGCAGAGUCACUUCAGUGUACCCGCAACUCUCGAAGCCCUCCUGGCUUCGGAGUCGCCAGCUCAUACAGAUGUGAUGAUGAGCCAAGUUGACCCCGUCAUGCCACAGACAGGUGGACGACUAGCCAGUGAAAAUCUUAUGCUGUUGAACAUUGACUCUAUCAACAGUCCAUCUGCAGAGUCAAAAAUUAACCAGCCCAGCCAACAAGGAAAAUCUGCCGGAUCACCAGCCUCAUCUAUUAAUAUUAUACCUCAUGCAAUGAAUAUGCUGGGACCACCACCUGAUGCAAACCAAAUGCCCACUUUGAAGGCCCAACUCCAGACCCCAGUGAGCCAAGCUCUGCAAAUUGAUCUGUCAUCCACCAUCAACUCAAAUGGCAGCAGUAGCUCUUCAGGAGGAGUGAAUAUGAAUCAUGAGAAUUUCCCUCGAGAUCUUGAUUUGGAUAUGUUCAUGGAAAGUCUUGACUGUGAUGUGGAUUAUAUAAUUGAUCAUGAUCUCAUGGAUGAUGAAGGACUUGAUUUCAAUUUGGAUCCUAUUGCCACAAAUCCAUCUUAUCCCAACACCUCACAGUCGUCUUCUCGUAGCUGGGUGCCAAGUUAAUUUCAAUACAGGUUUGUUGUUUGUCAGCUGGCAGUCAUCUGUCUUCACAAAGAAGUUUUAUUUUAAACGAAUCCAGGAGUCGAGUAUCCGUUCCUGUUUAUUCCAACAAAUUCAUCCAAGAAGAUAUUUUCCUUCUGUCAUGCACUCUGAUUCCAGUGUGGUUGAAACCUAUCCAAAAUCAUUUUCUGGUGUGAUUCUGGAAUGUCAUAGUGCCAACACAAUCCAUUUGAAAAUGCUUAUUACAUUACAAAGAAUUUCUCGGAAGGAAUUGCACACACUGAUGGGGAUGUUUAUUUUUGUCUGGUUCUAAACUUCUGGUGCAAUGAUCCUUGAUGAUGAAAAUAGUGCAAAUAUAUAGGAUCCUAACAGUUGAGCAAAUAUGAUUAUCAGAACUUUUUUUUUAAAAGUGCAGAACAUUUUUUUUAAAAAAAGCUAAUUGGUAGCAAACCAUUUUGUUCUUUUAGAGCUUGCAUUGAAACACUACGUGGAAGUAAGUCAUUCAGAUUUCCAACAAAACCCCUCAAAAUAAAUUUGCAAUACUCACAUGAAAAAAUAUUAAUUGAGCACAAACCAUUGUGUUGGAUAAAUGAAGCGAAACAUCACAAAGAAGCAUAGAGUAUGUAGACUGAGGAUUUCCUCCUUUCUCUCUCUCUGACACCUUUGACUGCAUUCAGCGUACAUGCUGUUUGGAACUUAAAUUGAAUAAAGUCAGAACUGUUUGUAAAUAAGGAUUAAAAUGCAAAGAAAAUGCAGACAUUUUCCAGUAAAACUGUGGUGACAGAAAUUCCUUUUGGAAUAGAUUAUAAUUUAUCCAAUCCAUUCUAGCAAUGCUAAGGUAUUCAACCCAAUCUGUAAUAUUAUGCACUCAUUCCCAAUUCCGUAGAUUAGUAUUAUACAUUUUAAAGCCAACAAGAAAACCAUUAAUUAUUGCGUAAUUUCAUUUUAGUGUGCUUAAUCUGGACGUUUUGAUUCCGGCAAGUAAAAUGUUUAGUCCCCUCUCCCCCGUUGAUCUCACUCCAUUCUUUUAACAAUUGAAUUUAGAAUUAAUUGUCCAGUGAAUUUGGAACCCUGUGUAAUAGCCCCUGGCUCAUUCUUUGAGAGAGGGAGGUUGAUUUCAUCAUGCAAUGUUGCUUAAUGAAGGGGAAUGUGAGCAAACCUCACAAAUUUGGGAAAUUUUCCAUCAAGUCAAAAAAGCAGUUUGACUGAAAUUUGUACUAUUCUCCAUUUAAAUUGUGCCUUCUACUUAAGCACUUAAUUUUGUCCAGCAUCCUGGUAUAGUACUGGGAUUAAACACAUGGCAUGUAUGUCUGUGUCCUAAUGACUGAACUGAUCUCACCCUCCUGGAUACAGGCUUUGUUUCCAUGAAACAUGCUUUUUAAAAUGCCCUUGUUAUAUGUAAAUUCUAAAUGAUGUUAAGUUGCCAUUGGUGAGAUUUUAAAGCAAGACCAAAUUGUUCCUCUAGGAUGGGCGUAACACGUUCCAAAACAAUCUUUGAAAAAGAGUGUGUUCUUUCAACGACUUGGUUAAUAUUGACUAGUAUUAUUAAAGCAAAUUGUCUGGCAAUGUAUUUUAUGGCAAUAUGUGGGAUCUUGCCGAGCUCUGAACAGCUGUUUUAUUUCCCUACAACAUUGGCUAGACUUCAAAACUACAUCAUUGGGUGAAAUAUACUUGGGGAAUCACUUGAUGUUAUGAAAGGUGCUAUUCUCUCUAAUUGAAGAAGAUCUCCUAUGUCACCCAUAUGUCCAUUGCAGAGGAGGAAGUAAACAUGUUGGUUGAUUUAAACUGUGUAAUUAAGUCAAGAAGUGGCUUUAAUUCUACGAGAUAAUACUCUGAACUAUAAGCAAGCCUAAAGCUGUCAAGGAUUAGUUUGCAUAAAAACCCAGGAGUGAUUUAUGAGUCACCAAAUAACUUGGAUGUCUUCAUAAGCUCAAAGUUUAUAGAUCCUGAAUAUCAGAAAUCACUUCUGGGGCCUAAUGUAUACACUAAUGUUUAUAAAAUUGAACUUGAUCUGUUUGGGGUUGCUUUUCUGGACUGAUGUUUGGUGCAGUCACAGAAGCCCAAUGCACUCUUCGUGAAUUCAUGAGGAUGUUCUUGCUGAAGGAUUAAGAAUUGUGGCUUGAUCACCUGCACACUGUAUCAAGAAAUAAUCUUUAUUGAAGUUUGUUAAUUUUUACAUACUAUAACCAUAGAUUUAUAGUGUACAUAGUACCCAAACUGCUUUCAUCCUCCUCAAUCCUACUUUAUACUCAUUCUUUUUCCAUGAAACACACUCCUUUUUAACACAAAUAUCUUUUGCUACAUGCAAAAUCAGAAUAUAUAAUGAGGGAAAUUGUGAAAUUGAAUUGAGAGGUGAUUCAAACCAAAAAAUGGUUUAUUUAAGAAGUUAGUACUGGAUGAUACAAUUUAAAGUUUGUAUAGAUGGUGUAAGUAUAAAUAAGACGAUGGAAAUUGGAAGUGUUUAUAUUUUACCUCUGGGCUAGUGUUAACUCAACCCAGAUUUGCAAUGAAAGUUUAGAAUUAGGUUGUGAGGAUUUAUUUUUAUGAAUUACUAUUGUUAAUUUUGAAUGCUUCCUUGCAGCCCAAAGCACUCCUCUAAUUUAGCACUAAAUUAUGAAACGCCCUCAGACAAUUGGUGUCUGGUGGGAAGAAUACCAAGUAGUGGUAUAAUCUUUAACAUGAGGCACUUUUAUUUAGGCUUUACUGUGCGCCGAACUUGUGAGUUUUGUCAAUGACCUUAGAUGUUGAAAAUGACUAUUGUUUGAAUUGCCAGCUUUAAUGUUUUUAACUUAAGGAGCAAAGUUCUCUUUUAAACGAUUCCUGGAAUGGUUUUCAAAGAACUCCCUUCUCUCCCAAUAUGCUCUCCUGCCACUUUUUCAACCUCCAGUAGUUGAAGUUCGAAUUUUUUUUCAAUUGCCAUUUCAUUGCCAGACAAAAAGAAAAAGAUGGGUAAUCUUAUCUUUUAUAGUGGAGGAAAUUCUUUUGGGAGAGAAUUCUACCUGCACAUCCCCUACCCCUUCUUCAUUUUAAUGACUAUUUAAUAACAAUUAUAGCACUUAAUCCUCAGUUUGCUGUAAAACAGCUUGUGGCCCUCUAUGGUGUAAGCUGUUGGCAGGUGUGCUGAGGUUGUGAUGUUUAAUAAGAGGGAGUGAUUGGUGGUCACCGUUGCGAGUCCCAGUUCUGCUCGUCUCAUUCACUGGCACGUAAGUUUUAAAAAAUGUUUUUAUAUAAAACUACCGAGGAUUAGAGUCGAGCAGAUGUGCAUGCCACAUAACACUAAAAACAAACUAGUUCAUGGAAACAAAUUUUUAGACCUUUUGCGUUCGCAUAAACCUGCCUUUACCUCUCAGGGUGAUUCUGAUUAUAUUGCUAGUAUCAAAAAAAAACAAGGCAAGUGUGUUUUUGUUUUUGCUCUUUAAGGGCAGUAUGCCAGAUUCAAGUGUUUACAGACUAAGUUAAUUGCAUAUACAUUAAAUGUCUUUACUACAUUUUUGUCCUUUUUAAACUGUUAGCUUCAGAUUUUGCUUAUAAAUGAAGUUCUGACUUCAUUCACUAAUUAGUAAUUUGGUAGAUUCAAACACCUUGACUUUUAAACUUGAACUAUUUUAAUUUUAAUGCUUUGGCCAUUUCUAAUAUGUCUCUAUAGACUUUAUUUAUGCAAGCUUAAAAAAAAAAUUAGGUUUAGUUUUCCUAUCUCCUGCUCAGCCCAGGGUAUUCACUCUGUUUGCGUGCAUAUAAAGUUCUGACAGGAACCAGAUUAAAGAGGUAUUCUCCACACUGCUGCAGGAUAUGGGGUUUCUGUUUGCAAUUUCAUCUUGCUGCAAGAUUUCAGCCUUUUGGGCAAAACUGAAUGAGUUUCUGCAUCUUCAGAAGCUGACGUAUCUGGGCAGAUUUUACUCAUCUUCGUACAACUUUUCCCACAUUUGAGAGUGGUCUAUACUUUAUCUUUGCCUUCGAUUGUUAGGGAAAAGUGGGGAGAUGCAUAGAAGGGAUUGAAAUAGUACUUUCAAAGAGGCGAAUAGGAGGUUGGUUGUAGAAUGCAGGCAACUCCUGCAUAUAGGUGCUGCACUGAAAACCCCACAGUCAUCUUAAAUUGAAACAAUGCCUCCAUAACCCAAUGCUUAUGACAUGUUUUGUGUUUUAAAUAAACUUACGUCCGUUGAAGCUUUUUGCAGAAAAGACCCUUUGAUGAGCAGGGUUAAGGAAGUUCCCUUGUAGGAAUGGUGCAUACAUCUAGCCAUAACUUCAUUUCCUGAUGAGGUAGAUUACAAAUAGUGUUUUACUAUACAGUCUCUUCAGCUGGAUGCAAAUUAUUGGUUGUGGAAAGACAAGUAUAAAGAAAUAGAAAAUAACCGUAGUCUGCUAUUAGAGUGUGAACUUUAUAGUCUCUUAGUCUAAUGUGUUUGGAUUUUUUUUACAAUUUUAUCUUUACAGUAAUAUUUUCCUUUCCUUAAAAUACUGAAUAGCCAGAGUAUUUCAUGAGACCUGCCUAUUAUCAGGAUAAUGAUUAAUGACAUUUGCAGAGCUCCAAGUAAAAUCUUUUGGAGUAAAAUAAUCUCUGUAAUUUUUUUUUACUUAUGCAUUUAAGAGUAUUCUGUAUCUGUAAAACAUUCAUGUAAGUGCUCCAUGUGGUACUAUUUUGGUACAUGGGGUUUGCAACAUUAAAGUAUAUUUUAUGAAUGUG